AUGAGGUGGCGGCAAUCUCAACAACACCUUCAAAUUUAUGAACGCCUUCGAGACGCUACCAAGUUUACGCAAAAUCAACUAAGGCUAAGCGAUAAUAAAGAAAAAACAAUCUCAUUUCUGAAACCAUGUAAUAAAACUGUGGAGGUCGGACAUGCUGACGAUGGUGUGGUUGCUGCUGGCGAUGCUGCAAAUACUCGUUUAAACUCGACAGGAGUUUUGAAGGGUGAAGAGAAAUUGUCCCUUGGACUCACUCUUGGUCUCAAAUACUAA